AUGCCGAGGGGCACAACGAGACACAGGGCUGGGGGGAGGGGUGGCGUGCUCCAGAGGUCCCUGGCCGGGGGCAGCGCCCUCCGUAGUGCCGCCGCCGCCCUGGCCGGCCGGCCGGUCGGCAGCGCGCUCCUGCCGACCGCCACCGCCCGGCCAUUCGGCGUGCGGACCUUCACCUCGUACAACCACCAGCGCCUGGCACAGGCCGAGCGCAGCCUGCAGGAGGAGCCCAACAGCCCGCAAGCCCGGGCCGACUUCUAUCGCGUCCUGCUGGACCUCAACCGCCCGGAGGACAUUCUCCGCCACCACCGGGCCCUGGGCCCGUCCUCCGAGCCGGAGAUCAAGAGCCUGGUGGAUGUCGCCCAGCGGCGUUUGUUCAAGGACCAUAGUGAGACGCACAUGCGCCUGAACACCCAGACGUUCGAAAGCAAGUUCGGCAGGCCCCAGUCCCCUCCACCCGGUGGCCCCCGCCCCGGCCCCCCGUUCCCCUUCGAGCAGAAGGAGCAGCAGCCGAUCCCGGUGCAGAUUGUGCAGAACAAGUCCUGGUUCAGUAACUUCAUGGCCAUCGCCCGCUUCGCCCUCUUCGGCUACCUGAUUGUCAUGUUCGCGCGGAACUUCUCCGGCGAGAGCGGCGGCCAGAAGUCCAACUUCGAGUCGCGCCUGGCCCAGCGCUCGACCACCACCUUCGACGAUGUGUACGGCUGUGAUGGCCCCAAGCAGGAGCUCCAGUCGGCCGUGGACUUCCUCCGGAAUCCGACCAAGUUCACCCGCCUCGGUGCCAAGCUGCCCAAGGGGUUCCUGCUGACCGGCGAGCCGGGUACCGGUAAGACCCUGCUGGCGCGGGCCAUCGCCGGCGAGGCGGGCGUCCCCUUCAUCCAUGUGUCCGGGUCCGAGUUCGACGAGGUCUUCGUCGGUGUUGGUGCCCGCCGCAUUCGGGACCUGUUCAAGUCCGCCCGGGCCAAUGCCCCGUGCAUCAUCUUCAUCGAUGAGAUCGAUGUGGUCGGCUCGCGCCGUAGCAAGUCCUCCCUCUCCAACAACUCGGCCACCCUGAACCAGCUGCUGGUCGAGCUCGAUGGCUUCACCUCCCAGGACGGCGUCAUCAUCAUGGCCGCCACCAACUUCCCGCAACUGCUGGACCCGGCUCUCGUGCGGCCCGGGCGCUUCGACCGCGAGGUGCACGUCCACCCGCCGGACAUCGUUGGCCGGGUGCAGCUCCUGGAGUACUAUGUCCGGGGCAUCCCGCUGGAGGACACGGUGGACCUGUCGCGGCUGGCGCGCGCCACCCCCGGCUUCACCGGUGCCGAUAUCCGGAACCUGGUGAACCUGGCGGCCAUCGGCGCGGCCACGGCCGUCCCGGAGACGCACCACGUGUCGAUGGAGCACUUUGAGCAGGCGCGCGACACCAUCAUCAUGGGCGCGCCGCGCCAGUCGGCGGCCGCCUUCACCCCGAAGAACCUGGCCGUGACGGCGCACCACGAGGGCGGCCAUGCCCUGGUGUCCUACUACACCAAGGGGUCCAUGCCGAUCCACAAGCUGACGGUCCUGCCCCGUGGCCAGGCCCUCGGCAUGUUGACCUCCCUGCCGGAGGCGGACCAGAUCAACCAGACCCGGGAGGAGCUCCUGGCGCACCUGGACGUGGCCCUGGCCGGGCGCCUGGCCGAGGAGCUGAUCUUCGGCGUGGACAACAUCACCACCGGCGCCGCGUCGGACUUCCGCCAGGCCACCAACAUCGCCCGGUCCAUGGUCAUGCAGUUUGGCUUCUCCCCCCUGCUGGGGCAUGUGCAUCUGGAGGAGGACAAGAUUUCGUCCGAGACCAAGAACAUCGUCGACCAGGAGGUCCGCCGCCUGCUGGACGAGUCCACCACCCGGGUGAAGAAGCUGCUGGCCAGCCGCCGGGAGCAGCUGGUCCUGCUGGCCGACACCCUGAUCGAGUAUGAGACCCUGUCGGCCGAUGACAUCCAGGAGCUCCUGGACACCGGAAAGGUCCGCCGCCCGGCCCCCAUGACCACCGCCAUCACGGAGAGCCGCCGCCAGGAGCAGGCUGCCACCGUGGCCGGGGGGUCCGGCGCCGCUGGCAAGAUGUCCGGUGUUGUCCGUGGCCCGGUGGCCGUGGCCAACAAGGCCGACGCCUGAGCCCGGCCCGGUCCUCCUCCCCCCCCCCCUCCUCCCCUGCGCGGCGGCGACCCCGACGAGAACGCGAGGCGACACUUGCCAUAUUUCAUGUGCGUCAGGGAAAAGAGUGUGACAUCACCCCUCCCCCGCUCCUCCUGAGGUUGGGACGAAACCCUCUCUCUGGGGGAGAGGAGUGGCGAGCCGGGGCCGGGGGGCUGCAGGGGGGGGGGGAGGGGGG